AUGUCUCAAAGACAGCCUCAGUCACCUAAUGAGACUUUAAUUCCAAUCACAAAUGACACAGAAUCAUCAAGCUCUCUCGUUCCCAAUGAUACCACAAAUAAAGGACGGACCGGAGACAACUCUCCAGGAAUAGAAGCUUUGUGUGCCAUCUACAUCACUUAUGCUGUGAUCAUUUCAGUGGGCAUCCUUGGAAAUGCUAUUCUCAUCAAAGUCUUUUUCAAGACCAAAUCCAUGCAAACCGUUCCAAAUAUUUUCAUCACCAGCCUGGCUUUCGGAGAUCUGCUACUUCUGCUAACUUGUGUGCCCGUGGAUGCAACCCACUACCUUGCAGAAGGAUGGCUGUUCGGGAGAAUUGGCUGUAAGGUGCUUUCUUUUAUCCGGCUCACUUCUGUUGGUGUAUCAGUGUUCACGUUAACAAUUCUCAGCGCUGACAGGUACAAGGCAGUUGUGAAGCCACUGGAGCGGCAGCCCUCCAAUGCCAUCCUAAAGACCUGUGUUAAAGCUGGCUGCGUCUGGAUUGUGUCUAUGAUCAUUGCUCUGCCCGAGGCUAUAUUUUCCAAUGUAUAUACUCUUGAAGAUCCCAACAAAAAUAUGACCCUUGAAGCGUGUACCUCAUAUCCCGUUUCUGAGAAGCUCAUGCAAGAGAUACAUUCUCUGCUGUGUUUCUUGGUGUUCUAUAUUAUCCCACUCUCGAUUAUCUCUGUCUAUUAUUCUCUGAUUGCUAGGACUCUUUACAAAAGCACCUUGAACAUCCCUACUGAGGAACAAAGCCAUGCCCGCAAGCAGAUCGAAUCCCGGAAGAGAAUUGCCAAAACCGUCUUGGUGCUCGUGGCUCUGUUUGCUCUCUGCUGGUUGCCGAAUCACCUCCUGUAUCUCUACCACUCCUUCACCUAUCAGACCUACGUGGACCCCUCCGCCAUUCAUUUUCUUGUCACCAUUUUCUCCCGGGUUCUGGCUUUCAGCAAUUCUUGCGUAAACCCCUUUGCUCUGUACUGGCUGAGCAAAACCUUCCAGCAGCAUUUUAAAGCUCAAUUACUCUGCUGCAAGGCAGAGCUGCCCGACUCUCCUCCCGCGGAUACUCCCCUUAACAACCUGGCUGUGAUGGGAAGGGUCCCAGGCGCUGGAAGCUCGCAGGUGUCUGAAAUUAGUGUGACCUUGUUCACUGGGUGCAGUGCAAAGAGGGAAGAUGACAGAGUCUAG